AUGACACUAUUUCUGCAACAAAUUAAAGAACAACUAAAGACCUUGAAGAUGUCCAGAUUCCGCUUUGGACGUCAACAUGAUGGAUAUCGCCUAGUAUCCAAUGACGACAGCGGCUUCUCCGAUGCACAAUUUGAGGUUCCACCGCCCAAAAUACCAUGGAAAGCUAUUUCUUUAGCAGCAUUCCUGUUUGUUGUGGGUACAGCUCUACUUAUUGCUGGCAGUUUAAUUGUAACUGGGCACAUAGACACUAAGUAUUCUGACCGACUGUGGCCUAUGAUAGUUUUAGGCUGUAUCAUGUUCCUGCCAGGAGCAUACCACAUAAGGAUAGCAUAUUAUGCAUAUAAGGAGUAUCCUGGUUACAGUUUUUCUGACAUUCCGGAGUUUGAAUAGUAUUGUUUUAAUGUGAAAUAGAUACUUGAUGUGUUAAUGUUCAUUAGAUCUGUUUCUGACUGUUUAUUCAUUGUUUUCCAUGUAGUUGUGUUUUUCUAAUAUUUUAUGCAUAAUUAACCACAUAAUAUGUAGAUGAUUAUUUAUUGAAUGUUAAUUACAAUGUCUGUAGAACACACAUUUAUGUACUAUAAUAUAAAUAAGCAGAUUUUUUAGUAAAACAACAUGUUUUGACAUAAUGUAUUACAUGUUUUGUGUACUUAUUUUUAGUCUAUGUAUGUAUGUCUAUUUGAAUGUGAUUUUAAGUAUAAUGUUAGGUUGUAAGUAGCUUUGCUAAAAAUAUGUUUAUGUGUUGUAACAUUAUAAAUACAAAACAUUGCAAUUAACCUGGAUAUUUCAUUUGGGUCCACUACAAUAAAAGUAAGAAAUCAUUUAGGCAUAUCUUUAUUGACAGUGAUCAUAAUUUUUAAUAAAUAGAUUGAUAAAGUCACUUUUACAACGAGAUUUUAAAGAAAAUCAAUUGAUUCUCAAUGAUUAGUUAAUACUUCCAUCCUAUCUAAAUUGCACAUGUUUACCUAUUGGCUCUUUUACCUUUCCUAGUCUGUGGUGUGAAGCUAGUCUGAGGAAGAGGUACUGAGUGUCCUGUCUUCUUUAAGUGUUCAAACAGCUUAUUCUUUGAUGGGAAGUCUGUCUCACAGACUGCACAUCUGAGUGUUAAUGCUGUGCUUGAGUCUUCUGUCUCACUCGUUUUGGUCCUAACUGGUUUUCGUUCUACUGUUUUCUUUGGUUUGAUAUUCCUCUGUGUCUUGGGUAAAGCGGGCCUAUCCUUUGGUAAGGCUGCUUCACCUAAGGCAUCAUCUGUAGGAGUUGUACUAGAUACUUCAUACAGAUUUUCUGUUGAAGUUUGUGACUGGGACCCUUUCUUCAGAUUAGCUUCUUUCUUAGCUUGUAUUUGACUCUUUAGCAUAUUGAAUUUCUUUGCUUUUCUGCUGCGUGACGGUCCUUCUAUUUCAUUAAAACUCAUCUCAUCAUGACUGUCAUUGCCUUCACUCUCUGGCAUAGGUAUGAACUUCUUUUUGUUCUUCUUCUUUUUAUGACUCUUGGGUAAAGCCUGAAA